AUGGCAGCGGAUAAGUAUGCGCCAACGCAGCAGGAAUCGUGCACCGCUCCAGGCAGCAACCGCUCCUGGCUGAGUCGCAGUCACAAGAAUCAGCCGCAGUGGAAUGCCCUCGGCUCGGUGUCGUUUAUCCUUAUCUCGGGUGGCAUGAGCCUGGCCUGGGGCGCUGGCUUUGCCGUACAUUCCGCACAUCUGAUGACGUUCCACAUGGAGGUGUCUUGGUAUGCGGGCGCCACCAUUGGAGCAAUAGUCGGAGCACUCUGCACGCAUCGCCUGCCCCAGCAGCCCGUCUAUAUUAUCGGCUCCUGCCUGGUGCUGAUCUCGGGCAUACUCUUCCUCGCCUGCCACGAGCACCACGAGGCCAUCAUCACGGCCCGCUAUUUGGAUGGACUGGCCAAUGGUCUAGUGUUUGUGCCCGCCAUGAGCACCGUGGGUGAGAUCUCGGUGUGCGACAUGCGCGGACUGCUGGCGGCGACGGUGGAGCAGCUGAGCUGCAACACGGGCAUCCUGAUGCAGCUGCUCUACACGGCCGUGUGGCAGGUGGACUGGAACGUGACAAUUGCCGCUGAUCAGGUGCACGGCGUGCUCAGCAUUGUCUACGGUCUGGUGGCUCUUGCUUUGGCCUCGACGCUGUGCGUGGAGUCGCCGGUCAGUCUGCUGCUGCGCGCCAAUGAGCAGCAGGCGGUGGCAGCCCUGCGGCACCUGCAACGCCCCUACAUGGUGACCAGCGAGACGCUGCUGCAGCUGGACGAGCACAAGCAUUAUGUGGCCACCAAUCGAGGGAUGAGCUUGUGGGAGAGCAUUCGCAUGGGCCUGCCGCCGCUGCUCAAGCUGCUGGCCUAUCGCUCCCUCAACGCGCUCUGCCUGACGCUGGUCGUGUGGAGUGCCCUCUACGAGACGGCCGUGCAGGUGGCAACGCACUACCAUGCCUGGCCCUACGUCAUAUUCGGUGUGAUGCGCUGGUCUGGCUGCUUCUGCGUGCUCCUCCUCAUGGACACCACAGGCCGCAAGAAGCCCACGCUGUUUGGUUGCUUCUCCUGCGGCUCCUUUGCCCUCGCCUUUGCCACACUCUUUGGCCGCACGCCGCACAUGAAGGCGGCCCUCGGAUUGCUCUUCAGCCUGCAGUUCUUUGCUGGCUUGGGGCAAACCGCCUCCGCGGUGUAUCUCACGGAGGCCUUUCCUUUGGCCAUAAAGCCACACUAUGUGGCCAUCGUUUAUAUCAUGGAACUGCUCCUUCGACUCAUUUUCUGCAGCUCUGCGCCCAGCCCUGCGGGCAUUGUGGCCUAUUUCUAUGUGCUGGGGGGACUCUCCAUGGCCUUCUUCUUUCUGGGCAUCUUCUGUCUGCCCGAGACGCGGCUGACCACGCUGACGGAGGCGCAGCAGAAGUUUAGCAAGUGGUUCAAUAAGGAUUUUUAG